CGGAUCACGCAUAUAAAAGCGCUCCAAAGCAUUACUACUAGCUCCGCUGCAUUCCGUUCCAUCUUCCAUGGUUCGCCAUUAAUGACGAUGAGCAAGCAGCACGCCGCGUGCUCCCUCUUGCUAGCCCUGCUCAUCGGCUUCACACGCCCUUCGCCGUGCGCCUCCUCCCUGUACAACCCCCCGCCGCCGGACAUGGCGUACCACCACGGCGGCGUGCUCGACGGCACCGUGCCGGUCUCCGUGCUCUACUACGGCGCCUUCUCGCCGCACCACAAGGCCGUCCUCGCCGACUUCCUGCGCUCGCUCUCCCCGCGCUCGCGCCCCCACACCUUCGGCGCUCCGGCGGCGGCGUCGGUCGCGCAGUGGUGGGAGACCGUCGACCGGUACGUGCAGAGGACCGGCAGGGAGCGGACGCGGGUGAUGCUCACCAACCAGGUGUCCGACGAGGGGUGCUCGCUGGGGAAGCACCUGUCGCGGCUCCAGGUCGAGCAGCUGGCAGCGCGGCUCGGCGUGGCGCCUGGCGGCGUCGCCGUCGUGCUCACCGCCGCGGACGUCGCGGUCGACGGCUUCUGCGGGAGCUCCUGCGGGCUGCACGGCUCGCUGGCGCCCGGCGGCGCCGUGCACGUGUGGGUGGGCAACGCGGCCGUGCAGUGCCCGGGCCGGUGCGCGUGGCCGUUCCACGCCGCGGACCCUGCCGUGGCGGCGACGGCAGUGCCUGGGCGCCACAGGAGCAGGGAGACUCCGCUCCGUGCGCCCAACGGAGACGCCGGGGUGGACGGCAUGGUGAUCAACCUCGCGGCGCUGCUGGCCGGGGCGGUGACCAACCCGUACGGGCACGGAUACUUCCAGGGCGACGCCGGCGCGCCGGUGGAGGUCGGCGGCGGGUGCCCGGGAGUGUACGGGCGCGGCGCUUACCCUGGCUACCCCGGCGCGGUGAAGCUUGACACGGCCACCGGCGGCGGAUACAACGUGGUGGGCAGGAACGGCAGGAGGUACCUCGUGCCGGCCCUGCUCGAUCCCGCCAACGACUCGUGCCUUAUCAUGGCCUGAUCGAAUCACAAACCAAGCCGUUUAAUUAACUUCUAUGCUUAGGCCGCGAGUUUAUGCAUGAGACUUCAAAAGCUUUGCUUGAUGGUAGGCACCGAUCUACAUCGUCACGUGACGUGUAGCAGCUGCGUGAUGCACGUUCGUAAGCGACCCAUGUCACAAGCAGUGUAGGCCCCUUAAAAAAGUUCUAUUCAUGGAUAUCGAUGCAGAGCAACGGUGUGAUUAGAAUUAAUCUUUUGACUUCAAAGGGUAAUCAGGUCUAUACUUAUUUACGGACGGAAGGAGUACACUAUUGAAUAAAUAUAUUUGUAAAAUAUAUCUAAUGAUGGAUGUACUGAUACUGA